AUAAAGGAGAAAUAAACAAAUGCGGAUGGAAGCACCCAACGGGGAAUCUCGGCGCGUUUGGGGGGAAGUUUUUGAUUUCAGCGUGUCCGAGGGAGAGAGUAUACAGCGGGGCGCCAGCCCAAACCCUAGAAAUUCUUCCGACCGGGCUAGCCGCUGCGUUAAAUCCCCAAAGAUCCCAAGAUCUCUUCUCCUUUGAUUCUUUGAUCGUUGGCUCCCAUUACACCCUUCCAAACCCCGCCUUUUCUCCUCGUUUCUUUGCUGCAUUCCUUUCUCAGAAUCCGGAAUUCGGGCGAUUUUUGGAUGGAUUUGAUGCUGAAUCAUGACAAAAGUCUUUUUUUUUUUGGUGGAAAGAUAAGAGCUCUUCUCUGCUCGAAUCUGUGUCCCUGGUUAUGCUGCUAAAUGUUGGAGUAUUGUGGAUGUUCUGAUGCGGAGCUAUCAUGCCCAUAUGAUCUUGGUUAGCCAGUUCUGGGCUGCUUUUAUGUCUUGAAUUUGUGGUCUAAAGUCAGGUUCUAGUUUGUGAGAGAAAAUGGUGGAGAUCUGUGCAGGUCCAAGUGAACUUCACCUGAGGAAGGAGCUUACUGCUCUUCGAAAGGCACGGUAUUUACGUGAUCCUGAAACUUGUUCAUCAUGGAGGUCCCCUUUGAGUUCCAAAUCAUUUGCAGCAACUUCUACUGUGAACUAUGAAAAUGGGAUCAAAAGGAAGCUAAUAGGAGAAAAUAAUUGUCACGAGUCACUAGAACCACCUUCAAGAAGUGAAAACAGAAGGAAAAAAGUUUACCUCUACAAUUGGAGGCAUGAUUCUGGUAAAUCGAGUGACAGUGGAAUAAAAUUGGAUUGCAGUGACAGGCAAGUAUCAGUUGAAGGGAGUCCAGAGGACAGCUUGAGCACUCCUCAUGAUUUAGAUUCUAAGAGCUAUACUUAUCUUGAAGCUCCUGUAAACAUUUAUAAUGUUGCAGCUACAAAUUCAGAGACUUCAGUGAAAAGAACUGUUAAACAUCUGAGAAAAAGUUCUGUUUCAAAACAAGGGGCAGUUAAGCAUUCAGCAGUUCCGAAUCUUCUAGACCUUCCAUCCAGCUCCUUAGGAAUUCUUAAUACAGUUGAGCAGUCUGAUGAUACUGAGAACUACAGUUCUGAGGAUUCACGGCUGUUAGCACAUGAGCUAACCCGGAAAACUGGCUACCUAUCUCGCUCUGCCUCACCAUUGUUACCUGGAUCUGGAUGUAGGAAUUGGCUGCAAUCAUCCAAAAUCUGGAGUACUAGAAGAGAGGGGUCAUCUCAUUCUUAUACUCCUGCAUCAACUAGCUCUUGCCACAGAUAUUAUGGAGCUCGAAACCCCAGUACUGUUGGGUCAUGGGAUGGAAGUGCUACUUCUUAUGAUGGGGAUGAACUGGAUCAACCAGACUUACCAAGGCGCCAAGGAUGUGGUAUUCCUUGCUAUUGGUCGAAAAGAACCAAAGACAGAGGCUGUGGAGGUUUUUAUUCUCCUUCACUUUCUGAUACUUUGAGGAGAAAAGGCAGCAGUAUCCUUUGUGGGAGCCAGACAUUGUAUAAUAAGAAGAGAUCGUCUAGUUCCCACAAGCGAAAAUACCUGUCAAAGUCUUGCCAAGGUUUGCCGUUGUUGACUAACAGUUGUGAUGGAGGUGAUUCAUCAUUGGAUACCGCUAGUGAUGAACUGUCCGCUAACUUUGGGGAGCUUGAUUUGGAGGCAUUGAGCCGGUUGGAUGGAACAAGAUGGUCUAGCUGUAAAAGCCAAGAAGGAGUGGAAUUAAGCCGAACUGAAGAGACUGAGUUGGACAUCCCGGAGCAAAGAAGCUUGAGCCAGAAGUAUCGGCCAAGGUCUUUUGAUGAAAUAAUUGGACAAAAUAUUGUUGUGCAGUCGCUUAAUAAUGCCAUCUUUAGGGGAAGAAUAGCCCCUGCAUAUCUGUUUCAAGGCCCACGUGGGACAGGAAAAACGUCUAUAGCAAGAAUAUUUGCUGCGGCUUUGAAUUGUCUAUCAACCAAAGAGAACAAGCCAUGUAGCUUCUGUAGUGAGUGCACUGCUUGUUUCAGUGGAACUGGAUCAAAUUUGAGAGAGGUGGAUGCCGCCAAUAAGAAGGGUAUAGACAGAAUUAGGUUAUUGGUAAAAAAUUUAUCUCUGGCUAAAACAUUUUCGGGAUACAAAGUCUUUGCUGUUGAUGAAUGUCACAUGCUAUCUUCGAAAAUGUGGUCAGCCUUUAUGAAAUUUCUUGAGGAACCACCACCUCGUGUUGUCUUCAUAUUCAUAACUGUUGACCCAGACAACUUGCCCCGAGCGAUAGUAUCACGGUGUCAGAGGUACAUCUUUUCGAAGAUCAAAGAUGUUGAUAUAAUCUUCCGGUUGAGAAAGCUUUCUGCUGCAGAAAACCUUGAUGUUGAAUUGGAUGCUCUAGAUUUGAUUGCAUUAAACUCAGAUGGUUCACUUUGGGAUGCAGAAACAAUGCUAGAUCAACUGAGUUUGCUGGGAAGAAAAAUCACCACUUCUCUUGUAAAUGAUCUAGUUGGGGUUGUCUCAGAGGAGAAAUUACUUGAUCUUCUGGAGAUAGCCAUGUCAUCAAACACUUCAGAAACUGUCAAAAGGUCCAGAGAGCUGAUGGAUUCUGGUGUUGAUCCAAUGGCCCUGAUGUCUCAAUUAGCUGGGCUCAUAAUGGACAUCAUUGCUGGAACUUACCAGUUGGCUAAUUCACAAUGUGGUGGUACAACUCUUGGCAGGCGAAGUUUAACAGAAGCGGAAUUAGAGAGGUUACAACAAGCAUUGAAGAUUCUUUCAGAUGCUGAAAAGCAGUUACGGCUUUCAAGUGAGCGCUCAACAUGGUUCACUGCAGCUCUUCUUCAGCUUGGCUCUCGCCAUAAUUUAGAAACUAAUGAAUCAAGCAGCAGCAGCAAACACAGUGCUAAAAAAUUUAAUCCUAGUGCAUCUGAAAUGGUUAAAGACACCCCAUUUUCCAAGAACAAGUCUCAUCCUUCAUGUAUGCUCCAGGGAUCAGAUUUAGCUUUGAUUCCUAGAGCAACCAGCGGACGCCCUAGCCCUCGUGGUUCAUCCUUGUCAUAUAGAAUGACAAUGAAUGAGAACUUAAUCUGCGAUGUGCUGCCUGCAGACAGUAGAUUUCUUGACAGAAGCUUACUAGAUUCUACUCAGACAAAUGACACCCCAGGAAAAACUGUUGUAAGGUGUGUAAGUGCCGACAAGUUGGCUGAGAUUUGGAAAAGGUGCAUCCAGAGAUGCCAUUCAAAGACGUUGAAAGAAUUACUUGGAGCUCAUGGAAUGCUAGUAUCAAUCACUGAAUGCGAAGGCAUUUUGAUUGCUCUCAUAGCAUUUGAGGAUAAAAAUAUAAAAUCCAGAGCUACGAGAUUCUUGAGCAGUAUCACAAACUCAAUGGAGAUUGUGCUGAGACAGAAUGUAGAGGUCAGAUUAGGUCUUGUGACUGAAACAUUCCCAUCAAAGUCUCUCAUCAGCAACCAAAUAGAAAUAAUUGGAAACUUGGAAAAGGAAAGGAAGAUAGAAUCUGAGAAUUUAGCUGAUUCUUCAGAUAAAGAUGGACUCAGAGGAAACCCCAACAUGGCUGGGAAAAGUUUGGAUUAUUCUGAUGGAAUGUUUCAGAGAACACUAGAGAAUAGCUCUCAGGUCGCAGACAGAGACUUCCAAGUGGCAAAUUUUUCCACACGUUCUUCGGAAGGAAAUAAUGGAGCCAGCAAUGCUAAAGAGAAAGGGCAGGAGGUUUUAGUUCAGAGGACACAGACAGCACCUACUGAUGAGCAAAGGUUGGAGAGUGCAUGGCUUCAAGCUGCAGAAAAGUAUAUGCCUGGACUGGUUAGUCUUCCAAAACCUGAGAAGAACCAAGUUCUGCCGCAAAAUGGUGUCAGCAGUCAGAAUCAAGAUCAGUCUUCAGCUGCACUGGGCAUGUCAUCAAAACAUUGGGAAGAUGAAUUGAAUCAUGAGAUCAAAGCUUUAAAAAUUGGCAAUACUCAAGGGCACCAUAUGGAACAAUUUGUUGGGAGGGUCAAUCACCAUGCCAUUUCGCCUAGUUUAUUACACAGUAACAACCACACAGCCAAUUUUGACAGAGAGAACCUGGGGUAUGAAUCAGGACCUGGUUGUAAUGGGCUCCUUUGUUGGAAAACUCACAAACCCCAUAGAGGAAAGGUGAAACAAGGAACUCAUGUGCGGUCACAAAAGAUCGGCCGCCUUUCAUUGUUUGGGCAGUGUGGGAAGUCAAGGUCAACAGAAAGCAGAUUCAAGAAAUGAUCAAACAAAAUCAGAAAUAUAAAGCCUCUGAAGUGCAUGCCCUCUUACACCUUCCUGUAUAUUUUCAUAGAGUUAUUCAUUCUUCGCAUAUAGAAGGUAAUUGGAUGAGUUUGUCAUCUCUUGUGAUUCUGCUAGACUAGCCACUCUCCACAGGGAAUGGAAUGAAAAGGAUGGCAAACCAAGAUGAAUUCCUUUCUGAUAGGUUCACUUGAGAACUGGUGGCUGAUCAAGUUGGUUAUUCUGAAGCUAAUAUGUUUACUUUCCAAGCUGGCGACAGAUGCUGUGGUAUUCAGCAUUUAUUGAGUUUCUUCAAUUAAAUUUUUGUUGUUUUUGCACCUUCAUGGGUCUUAACUUACAUUUACUAUGAUGGGAUUUGUGUCAUGGUUUGAAUCACCAGCUAAAAUGCAUUCUCCCCCCUAAAUGGAAAAUGGGAGAAUGGAGCACUUGCACAGGGUUGAAAUGAUGGCCCUCUUUUAACAUUAAUGUGGUCAGAUGAUAGAUUCCAUUUUGCAAGUAGUUCGGUAUUUGCU